UGAAUGAUGAUAUACACAUAGGAAUUGGCUUCUUUUUAGUUUUUGUUUUAUACUUGUCAAUUCAUAAAUCAAUCAGCCAUUGGUUAUUUUCCCAGACUUGAUUAAUGUUAAAUCCAAAACAUACGUAGGAAUAAAAUAUUUUGAGCGUGUUGAAUAUAGGGCAUUAGAGCAUUUUUCUUUCAAUCAUGCUGCCAUCAUGGCUGGCAAAUCCAAUCCCAAAUCCACCGUCUAUAACCUAAACCCACUCUUCGGCGAAAGCAGUAAUGAGAACUAUAGGACAUUUGGACAAAAAUGUUUUGGGCUUAGUUCGAACGUACUUUCUAGACAUUCAUUACUGGCUUUAGAUCUGUGUCACCUGAAACUGAAAGCAUUUUAGAUGAUAAAAAAAAUGCUUGUUUUAUGGUUCAACAAAACAAGCUCUUCAAUGUUACUAGAUAUCCCAAUUUAGAUGACAAAAUGUGAUCGUGACUUGACUUCCAUCUUCAAUUAGUUUUAACAGCGUUAAAUUUGGUUUUUAACACAUGUAAAUACAUUGCAAAAGAGUUAGUGAUGAAAUAGCAAUUCUACAUAUAUAAAUGUUAUGAAUAAUGGUAAAGAUAAUUAGGCUAAAUUAGGCAAGACCAUACAUGCAUAGAUGAAAAUUCCAAUGGGAAUUAGGCAAGGAGCUAGGACAUUUCCCACCCCAGGAAUAAACUGCACUAUAUAUGCGUUUGGUAGAUGGUAUAUAUGUUUGAAAAUUUUGCUCAAAAGCUAGCUUGGCUUCCCUAACCAAUGACCAUGGAUUAGAAUUUUGGACAUCUAGCUGCGCGUUUUUAAUAAGUCUUAGCAAUUGACUUUAAUUUAUAAAUGAAUUAAAUGGUUAAUGGUUUAUCCUCUAAAAUUCCCUAACAUUAGAAAAAAAAACCCAAGUAUUACUAAGUAUAUGUCAUGAUAGAAGUAGAAUCAAUCUAAUUUCUGCCUAUUUAAAUACACCUAAUCCACGAACAAAAUCUGCAAUAAUCAGCUCAGCACUCAUUUGUUAAAGAAAUUAGUAAAAUCUAUGGCUUCCAAGCUCUGCUCUCUUGCAACAAUCUCUCUGUUCAUUCUUCUUCCUUUCUUCAUCUCUCCUUCUCUUGCAGAUGCUCUACUAUCUGAUCCUGUCUCACCGGGGAUCAUUUGCAAGUCCACCCCCGACCCUUCCUAUUGCAGAUCUGUGCUUCCUAACCAAACCACCAAUGUCUACGAAUAUGGUCGAUUCUCUGUUCGUAAAUCUUUGUCACAGUCCCAAAAAUUCCUCAACUUAGUUGAAAAGUAUCUAAUACGAUACCGAUCCUCGUUGUCUACAUCCGCAAUUCGUGCCUUAGAGGAUUGCCACUUUCUAGCUGGCCUGAACACGGAUUUCCUGUUGAAGUCCUUUGAAACUGUCAAUGCCACUAGUCAAACUCUGUCCCUUGCGGAAGCGGAUGACAUACAAACCUUUCUUAGUGCUAUUUUAACUAACCAGCAGACCUGUUUGGACGGCAUACAAUCCACUGCUUCAGCUUGGAGCAUAAGGAACGGCCUCUCGGUUCCUCUGUCAAAUGACACAAAACUCUACAGUGUUUCUCUGGCUCUUUUUACAAAGGGCUGGGUUCCUAAGAAGAAGAAAAAGGCCGCAUGGCAGUAUAGUAGCAAGCAGCUAGGUUUCACACAUGGGCGUUUGCUUCUGAAACUGUCUAGCCGAACACGCUCUAUUUAUGAGACCGUAAGCAGAAGAAAGCUUCUUCAGACAAGUGAUCCUAAUCAGGUCUCGGUUAGUGGCAUUGUGACGGUGAGUAAGGACGGUAGUGGAAAUUUCACUACCAUCAACGAUGCUCUCUCUGCAGCACCAAACAACACCAAAGGUUUAAAUGGUUACUUCUUGAUUUACAUCAAGGCUGGUGUUUAUCAAGAGUACGUUUCCAUUGCUAAGAACAAAAAAUACUUGAUGAUGAUCGGUGAUGGUAUCAAUAAGACAAUUAUAACCGGAAACCGCAGUGUUGUUGACGGGUGGACAACAUUUAAGUCCGCAACUUUUGCUGUGGUGGCUUCAAAUUUUGUUGCGGUAAACAUAACUUUCCAGAACACAGCUGGAGCAAUCAAGCACCAGGCCGUCGCAGUUAGAAAUGGGGCUGAUUUGUCAGCAUUCUAUAGCUGCAGCUUCGAAGGAUACCAAGAUACUUUGUAUACUCAUUCCCUAAGGCAGUUCUACAGGGAAUGUGAUAUCUAUGGCACUGUUGAUUUCAUAUUUGGAAACGCUGCCGUUGUUUUUCAGAACUGCAACAUAUAUCCCCGACUGCCAAUGAGUGGACAAUUCAACGCCAUCACUGCACAAGGCCGGACCGAUCCUAACCAGAACACAGGCACAUCAAUUCAUGGCUGCAAAAUCAUGGCUGCUGAUGAUCUGGCCUCGAGCAAUACCACCUUCAGUACGUAUCUAGGGAGACCAUGGAAGGAGUAUUCGAGGACAGUAUACAUGCAGAAUUUCGUGGGAAGUUUGAUUGAUCCUGCUGGUUGGAUAGCAUGGAGUGGAGAUUUUGCCCUGAGUACAUUAUACUAUGCUGAGUUCAACAAUGAUGGACCUGGAUCAAACACUUCCAGUAGAGUCACAUGGUCGGGUUACCAUGUGAUUAAUGCUAUCGAUGCUGCUAAUUUCACUGUGUCUAGCUUCUUGUUGGGAGACAACUGGUUACCAGGUAAAGGAGUGCCUUACACUGCAAGCUUAAUAUGAGCAACUAAGCAAUUAACGGAUGAAUUAUACCUUCUUUCAAUUUUUUUUUUUUGGUCAUGGUUUUUAUUAUGAUAUAAUAAGAGCGAAAAUACCUGAGCUAUUCAAGUGUACAGCUUGGUAUUAUUCGAUAUGUAAUGUUAAUUGAUACUAAUACCUUCAAUUCUUAAUUUGAAAGAAAAAAAAAAAAGGAAUGCAAUUAGGCUAUU